UCACGCAAACACUCGCUCCUCCUGUUCCUCCUCCUCCUUCUCCUCCUCCUUCUCUCUCUCCUUCUGCAGCUCUUCAAGCUGUAGCCUGGAGGGCAGGGUCACUCUGCUGGACUGUGUGCUGCUUUUCUCACAGACAGCUUAGCUCACUCGGAGACUAAGUUGAGUUGUGGACAGCGUGUUGACUCAGGCUGGGAAAGACUGUGUUGUGACUCUGAUGUACUGCGUGGACUGCACUCCCUGCCUCUGGAGCCCCCAUGUGGCUUUAGGCUGCUGCUCUGCUGAUCUCUGUUGUGGCUGCCGUUCGUCCGUGCUGUCUUGUCCCCACGGAAACCUAUCCAGCAGGCAGAUGGUCUGAGCAGUCAAGGGAAAAGUUUAUAACAGCAGCUCGUUGGUAAAAUACACGAUCACAGAGAACCAGUCUGAGUUUCCUCUCUCUUUUUCCGGUCUCCUCUGAGGCAGCUGACCAUCUCUAUGGAAGGGGCAACAGCAACAGGAGUGCUCUGGCUGAAGAGGUCGAGAUUCUCCCCUUCUUUCUCCGAUCUCUCUUUCUGAGUGACUGGACUAACUGUGGAUUAGGAUCUUUUUUUGUUGUCGAUAGGAAACUUCACACGUCACAACCUGGAUAUUACUUUAGAGGCUGAUUUCUAGAGUAAAGGUGAUCUUCUAGAGAUCUUCUUGCCUGACCACCACCAUGGAAGAGCAGGCAGUGUCCAACAGUAGUCCCCAGCAUGGCCGAGGCCUGGGCAGGCAGAACGUCAUCAGGUGUGGCUGGCUGAGGAAGCAGGGAGGCUUUGUGAAGACUUGGCACACACGCUGGUUCGUACUUCGAGGGGAACAGCUACACUAUUACAAAGACGAGGAGGAGACUAAAGCCCUGGGGACCAUUCUGUUACCUGGAAACAGAGUCACUGAGCAUCCCAGCAAUGGUGACGAGGGGGGGAAAUUCCUGUUUGAGGUCUCUGCAGGAGGAGACAGGGAGCGGAUGACAGCGAAUCAUGAGACAUACCUUCUUAUGGCCAGCACCCAGAAUGACAUGGAGGAUUGGGUGAAGACCAUACGCAGGGUCAUAUGGGCCCCAUUUGGUGGAGGUAUCUUUGGUCAGAAGCUGGAGGAGACGGUGCGGUACGAGAGGCGUUAUGGGAGCAGGCAGGCCCCCAUGCUGGUGGAGCAGUGUGUGGGCUUUAUACGCAAGUGGGGCCUACGGGAAGAAGGACUGUUCAGGCUACCAGGGCAGGCCAACUUGGUCAAAGAGCUGCAGGAUGCCUUUGACUGCGGAGAGAAGCCCUCCUUCGACUGUAAUACAGAUGUUCAUACAGUAGCCUCUCUACUAAAGCUGUAUCUCAGAGAGCUACCAGAACCAGUCAUCCCCUUCUCCAAGUUUGAUGACUUCCUCUCCUGCACCAAAAUGCUCUGCAAGGAUGAGGAAUCUGGAAUGAAGGAACUGAAAAGACAAGUGGAAUGUCUACCUCCAGUCAACUACAAUCUGCUUCAGUACAUAUGCAGAUUUUUAGAUGAAGUCCAGUCCUAUUCAGGUGUGAAUAAAAUGAGUGUCCAGAACCUGGCCACGGUCUUUGGUCCAAAUAUACUACGGCCAAAGAUUGAAGACCCUGUAGCAAUCAUGGAAGGUACAGUGCUAGUGCAGCAGCUGAUGUCUGUUCUGAUUGGUCGGCACGACGUGUUGUUCCCUAGAGACGAGGACAGUCCCAAGACACUGGAACUGGUCAACAACAACAAUGAGGUCCAGAAGAGGCUGACCCAGAUUGUGCCGACGGUACAGACUACAGAACAGAACAACAAUACCCAAAUACCCCAGCAGAGGGUGAAACAGUGUUCUUGGGAGACCCCCGACUCGCCUCACCGCCAGCCCCCGGUAACGUUAGACAACAACGGCUCCGGUUCUCCUCGCUCAGCCAGCCCACUUAACGGCCAUGUUACCGGGCGCUUUGACCUGGCCCGCAGCCCGCCAUUAACCGUGAAGAAGAACCCGGCGGUCUCCAAGGGCAGCGGCGUGGUCACCAACGGCUCGUUUAGUUGUUCGCCCUCUGGAGACGCAGCCAACCAGGAGAAGAGCCAGACUCUGCCCGGUAACACAGGAGGAAUCAGCGGCCUCCAGGCCCGGCGCACCCUGAAGGGCUCGGGCACCAAGAUGGGCACCAGCGGGGUCCCUAAUGGAGGUGUCCGCAUGGGAGUGUCAAGUACCGACGUGGUCAACGGUACCCUGAACGGGCGUAAUGGUCUGUGGGUUCCCAAUGGCUACCCGGUCACCUUACGAGACAGCAAGUCUCGGGACUGUGGGGAUCAGACGGCAGCCCAGAACCGGCUGUCCACCUAUGACAACGUCCAGCAACAACAACAACAACAACAACAGUUACAAAAUCAACAACAGCCGUGUCUCAGCUCUAGCUGUGAGGACAAGCAGAGUGUGGACAGUGCUACCUGGUCCACCUCCUCCUGUGAGAUCUCUCUUCCAGACAACUCCACGUCCUGCCGUUCCUCCACCACCACCUGCCCAGAACAGGACUUCUACGGUGGGCUGGGCCACUACCAGGACCCCCUGCUGCUGCUGGAUGGACCUAGGGGGCUGUCCUCCCUCGACGAGCAGCCCCAGCCAGGGGGGGACGUGGAGGGGGAGCGGAGGAACGGUGCUGGAGGGAGGGGUAGUGGAGCCACCAGCAGCAGUGAUAACAGUGAGACGUUCCCUGUCAAUAAAGGACCCAGUAGUCACAGUGCUCUACACAGCCUGGUGGCCAGCCUGAAACAGGAGAUGCAGAAGCAGAAGACAGAGUACGAGGCCAGGAUAACAAGCCUGGAGCACAGUAACCUGGAGUUGGAGACUGAGAUGGGGACUCUUCACGAGGAGCUGAACCAAGAGAAGAAGAAGGUCACCAUGGUGGAGAUCAAGUUUCGUAACGCAGAGCGAGCCAAGGAUGACGCAGAGAAGAGGAACGAGAUGCUGCAGAAAGAGAUGGAACAGUUCUUCUCUACCUUCGGAGAUCUGACCGACGAUCCGCGCAGGCCCGACCGGGCCAAUACCAUCUGGAUCCAGUGAGGGGUUGUGUCAGUGCAGGGUGGACUGUGCCAUUUGAAUCGAAUGAGAGGGGGUGGGACUUGACAAUGACUUGGAGACAUAUUGAAAGGGACAUUACCGUCUGGAUCUAGUGAGGGGUGUGUGUACCACCUGGGGGGUGAGAGAAAGUGGGAGAAUGUACUAAGGAGAAACUUUGACAGACUGCACCACCUGAAUCUAGUGCGAGGGGGUGUCACAGUACACGGUGGUAUGUGCCAUUUUAAUCUAGUGAGAGGGGGUGUGGCAGUGCAGGGUGGACUGUGCCAUUUUAACCUAGUGAGAGGGUGUGUGGCAGUGCAGGGUGGACUGUGCCAUUUUAAUCUAUUGAGAGGGGGUGUGGCAGUGCAGAGUGGACUGUGCCAUUUUAAUCUAGGGAAAGGGUGUGUGGCAGUGCAGGGUGGACUGUUCCAUUUUAAUCUAUUGAGAGGGGGUGUGGCAGUGCAGGGUGGACUGUUCCAUUUUAAUCUAUUGAGAGAGGGUGUGGAGGUGCAAAGUGGACUGUGCCAUUUUAGUCUAGUGAGAGGCGAUGGGAGUAUGUACUAAGGCUGUGUUUCCCAAACUUGGUCCCUUGGACCCAUGUGGCAUACAUUUGGUUUUUUUCCCUAGUACUACACAGCUGAUUGAAAUAAUAAACUAGUAAUCAACCUUUGAUGGCAAAAACCAAAACGUGCACGUGUGGUCCCCAGGACUGAGUUUGGGUAACCCUGUACUAAGGAGUAGAAAAAACCAUUGAGAGGGACAAUACCGGCUGAAAGCAAGAGACAUAUGGAUACAGUGUGUAGUGGGACAGGGUGCAUGUCGCUGGAUCUCAACCAUGCUGACUGACUGUGGCAAUAUUACUGAAGACGCCAGGCGGCUGGUUAUCUGCCUGACACAGACUAUACCCAGCCUAUACAUGGACUACUGAAAGACUACACUACCCAUAAAACCAUUCUUCUUCCCCAUUUUCCUUCAAGAUCCAAUCAAGUAUAUAAUCAACCUUGUUCCAUGUUAUCAUGUAUCUGGCUGUGUAGAUAGAGGACCAUGUUAUCAUGUAUCUGGCUGUGUAGAUAGAGGACCAUGUUAUCAUGUAUCUGGCUGUGUAGAUAGAGGACCAUGUUAUCAUGUAUCUGGCUGUGUAGAUAGAGAAAAAACUAUGCUGAAGAAAAGUUAUGUAUGUGUAAAACAUAUUUGUAUGUUUGUCUGGUAUAUUUAAAGAACAUAACUACGUAUCCAUGUGUGACAUUUCCAUUUGAUGUGAAUGCUUUUUGUUAAACAUACAUUUUAUUUUCAA